AUGAGUGCUCUUCUUCCUUUUCGCGACAUCAACGUCCACGCUUCUUCCAACCACUAUGCUUUCUCGUCUCCUUCCUCGCCAUCCGCCCCUACCCUGGUCGUAGAGCGCCCGUCUGGUGAUAUUCGUCUCCACGAUGGCAAGCUUCUUGGGGGUCAAAGAGUCACAAGCAUCCAGGGAAUCCUCGGAAUCAUCAGUCUUCGCCUCGACAAGUACAUCGUUGUAAUCACAAAGGCCCAGCCUAUGGGCAGGAUAAAGGGUCACCAGAUUUAUAGAGUUGUCGCUACUGAAUUGCUGCCUCUCCGCGAGAGACAGGUCCGCGAUCCUGAUGAGGAUAUUUACCUUGGUCUGGUCAACACUCUGCUCAAGACUAGCCCUUUGUUCUUCUCUUACACUUUCGAUCUCACAAACUCUUUCCAAAGACAGGCCGAAAUCGACCAGUCCUCUCCCCUCUGGGCAAGGGCCGAUGACCGCUUCUUCUGGAACAAGUUCAUCCAAACUGAUCUCAUCAACUUCCGUCAAGGCCAAGGAGCUCGUCGUCAAAAUGUCGGUCCCCAGCCUGCCAUGGAUCCCUAUAUCCUGCCCGUCAUGUACGGCAUGCUCAGAAUCACAAACACCUCUGUCAAGAGUGCGCCUAUGACUUUCAUUCUCAUUACCCGCCGUUCAAGACACCGCGCUGGUACUCGCUACUUCUCUCGUGGACUGGACGAGCAAGGACAUGCUUCCAACUUCAACGAGACUGAACAGAUUGUCAUCUUGAACGAUGAUGCCUCUAGUGGAAUGACAACCUUCGCUGGCGACGGUGGUUUCUCCAACAACAAGCUCCCUGGCGGAGAGACACAGGUUUUGUCCUAUGUUCAAACCAGAGGCAGUGUUCCCGUCUAUUGGGCUGAAGUCAACACCCUGAAAUACACUCCCAAGCUCCAGAUCAGAGGUGUUCAAUCUGCCGUACAUGCAGCAAAGCUCCAUUUUGACGAACAGAUCAAGCUUUACGGAGAGAACUAUCUGGUCAACCUCGUCAACCAAAAGGGUCGCGAGCAAAAAGUCAAGGAGGCCUACGAAGACAUGGUCAAGCUGCUUGUCUCAAACCCUGCAGAGGACACCGAGGCUGAUCGCACAACGAGAGAGAAGUUCCACAUUCUUGAACCUCAAGGCGGCCGUCAUGAGUUUGACAAGCUGCAUUACGUUUACUUCGACUUCCACAACGAGACCAAGGGACUGAAGUGGCACCGUGCCCAGCUUCUUCUCGACCAACUCAAGGAUGGUUUGGUCAAGGGAGAAUAUUUCCGUGGUGUCGACAAGCCAAGCGGUGGUGUACAGGUCUUGAGCCGACAGUCCGCCGUAGUUCGUACCAACUGUAUGGACUGCUUGGAUCGCACGAACGUUGUUCAAUCUAUGCUUGGUCGUUUCACCCUUUCUCGUAUGUUGACAGACGUCGGUAUCUUGAAAGCUGGAGAAAACGCCCAGGAAGACGCUGCAUUUGAACAUUUGUUCCGCAACGUUUGGGCUGAUAACGCAGAUGUUGUCAGCAAGUCUUAUUCGGGCACCGGUGCUCUCAAGACAGACUUCACCCGUACUGGAGAAAGAACGCGUGCAGGUGCGUUGCAGGAUCUGAACAACUCGAUCACUCGUUAUGUUUGCAACAAUUUCCUCGAUGGACCCAGACAGGAUGCCUUUGAUCUGUUCCUCGGUACUUACGCACCGGACCCUUCAGGCUUGGGAUCGGCACAUCAGUUUGCAGACAAUAGACCGGUGCUCAUCCAGUCUCUGCCUUAUAUCUUGGCCGCCUGCGUAUUUUUCAUUUUCAUUUCGCUCUUCACACGCCGUCUGCCGGAUGCCACUGUGUGGCCAUUGAGAAUCUUUGUUCUCAUCUGUGUUGUCGGUGCUGCAUGGUCUGCCAGAUUCAUCACCUCGCACGGAGGUCUUUACGUCAAUUGGCCGAAGCUCAACACACCAGCACAUGCUCUUGAGAGUUAUCAAGAGACUCUGGAGCGUGUGAGCAGAGAUCCUCUGCUUGGAUCCAUGGUUUCCAAGCACGGUCGUGGUAAAAGUGAUGCUAGACUUGGAUACAUGGAGGAGGGCAAGAAGCGUAGAGAGUAG